UCACUGCACUUACUGCCGCUGUGCAACUACUUUAACCUUCUGUUCUUCUGCUGCAGUAUCACACGGGACCUGCUCUUUCAUUUUUACACGAGAAAACUGGUUUUCCAACGCCUUUUAAGACGUUUGGGUAUUGCUGCUGUGGAAAUACUGAAGUCCAGAUGAGUCGCGUCUCUGUGGUUUAGUUGAGUGUGUGGGCAGAGGAGAUUGAACUGAGCGGAACUGAAUCCAUUAAACACGAUCACACAGAGAGGAUGACCAUAUCGACAUGGGAGGAUAAAGUCACAACGCCUCUUUGACUUGUUUUAAUUAGUAGGAAAAAAAAAUCUGGACAUAUUCAUUCGACGUUGAAAGUCAUAUCAACCUCAUGAAUACAAUCAAACGCGUUAUUUUAAGUUGAAAAAAAAAUCGUAAACAAUGGGAAAUUAGCGUCGCCUGACAACUUUGAUAAUAUUUCACAUUCGCCAGGAGUUUUUUUGUUGUUGUUGUUUUCAUUCAGAAACAUUAACUUUGGAUUUCCACAAUGGCAAUAAACACAGAUACGGAGUUUGCGAAAUCGAAUCUGGGGGAGAGCGGCGGAACGCAACCAGCCGAGACCGAGAAACUGCUCGUGACCACCGAGCCCACCGGGGUGAAGACCUCCAGCUCCUUCACGGUCAGUGUCGGGGGUGACAAGUCUCUCGAUGGGGAUCAGAACGGCCACAGUCUGCCGCUGAGAUCCGGAUCAGCGGGGCAGCUCGGGACGGCUCCUCUCUCCCCGUCUAGAGUGAGCCUGAGCCGCACUUCAUCGAUGGGUAAUGCCGCCCAAGAGCAACAGAAACCCAAAGACUACCUCAUACUGGUCAUUUUUUCCUGCUUUUGUCCCGUGUGGCCACUAAGCAUUGUUGCGUUGGUCUAUUCGAUUAUGUCCAGAAACAGUCUACAGCAGGGGGACAUGGAUGGGGCAAGACGCCUGGGACGCUUGGCUCGCCUGCUUAGCUGUGUGGCCAUCAUCGUGGGCCUCCUUAGCAUCAUAAUCUAUGUGGUCGUUGCAGUAACUGGAUAGGAGGCAUAGUAAGAAGGAGAAACCCAUCUACAGCACUACUGCAAACAAAAUAAAAACCUCACCCAUGAUGUAAUUAAAAUAAGAUCUCCCUCUUAACAAUAAUGCCACAUAAGAUAAAAAGAAACGAGGACUGUAGCAGCAAAAUAAGAUCUGAUCAAAUAGCAAAAAUGCAUGCAUUAGGUUAGCAUGCUCAGUGAAAAAAACUUCCAUAUGUUAAAAAGAACAGUAAUGGCUUGCAUUAUGUAAAUGAAAAACAUUGCUGUUGUGGCAAGAACUCGCCUGAGGAUGACACAAAGGACAAGGGGACUUUUUUUUCAAAGAUGGUCUUUGAAAAUAUGGCUACGCCCGGCAAGCUGCAUUUUAACCUUAUAUUACUCUUGGUUGAUCUUGCAUUUGAAAAUUAUGCACAGAAAUAUUUGCAACAUAAUGUAUGAUGUAUGUUUUAUAAAAAUAUUUAUAUGUGGAGUUUAAGUGAUGGGAAUGAACUAGGGAUAACAAGUCUGUUAGAUAGAGACCUUGUCAGACUUAUCAGAAAUGGUCAUUGGGGUUGGACAUUUCAUUUUUGUUUAUUUAUUUUGUAUGUUUUGUUUAUUAAAAAAAUGACCACACGCAUGCCUGAUCCUGUAUGUGAAUAACUGUCAGCAUUUUUCACUACUAUGUUUUUUAUCUAAGAGUAGUGGGUAUGUAAAAAUGGGAAUGUACAUCAUUGUCCAGUGUAUCAAAUGCUAUAUUCUUUCAAUGGCACAAUGUUCAUGGAGCGCUCUGCCUUUAACCAUGAGGCUCCACUACAUGUCCCAUACUAGCAUAGAUUCUCUCAGAGAGGUAAGACUGAAAUGUUACGCAUGCCAGCCCUCUCUUUCCAGACAAAAACUGCUGGAGCAUGGACAUUCAUCUAGAGGCAUGCAACGGCCAGCACCAUCCUGUGCCAAGACCUUUAUAUCAGUAUGCUAAACAAAUCACAGGACUAUUCAUCUUUACCCGAGGUUCUUUCCAGGACAGAAUGCCAGUUCCCCUGUCAUAAAUCUCCCGACUUAUCCCAUAUUAAUAUGAGAUGUAUAUCAACAUAUUUAUAGAAAUAUUUAGGCAUGCCGAGGGUGGACAAAACAUUUUUUUUUUUUAAUCUUCACCUAGAAUGGGCUUGUGUGUAAGGGACUUUGCUUUGACACUCCUCACAGUGUUUAUUGCAUCUCUGUGAUUGCUAAUUCUUCGAUCUGCUGAUAUUAAUACGUGAAAAUUACACAAUCGGAGGUACAGAUACAUAACAGCACUUCUCUGGCUAGUUAGACCGAGUGACAGUUAAGAAGGAAAUGUUUCACAGCUCAGUCUAUUGACGUGCUUCAUUCAUACUGAAUUAAGUAUUUUACUGCCCAGUCAUAGAUAUCAAUGCACUUUAUCACUUACUUUUCAUCAAAAUUCUCAUGUCCUGUCAAUACUUUUGUAUCCUAAAAGUAUACUUUCAUGUAUAAUCUCCUAAAAAUAGACUGUUAGUACCUAAACACCUAAGAUGACCAUUUAAUUUAUAGGCAUAAUGCUGUAUAAUGUACUGUUUUGUGCUUCUCAUGGUCACUACAAACGAUUAUGUUACUGCGUUGUUCAUAAAACCCAUUAUGUCAAUAUGAAUGAGAUGCAAAAAUGCUGCUAUGUCUUAAAACUGUGAUUUAUUAUGUACAACUUUGCAUUCUUGGUUCACUUGUAUAUCUGUUUUUCUAUGUUAGGUUACAGUGUACCUUUGCAAGUGUGAAAUAAACAUUAACAUGCAUGGUCCACAACUUGCUUGCAGUUAUUGAUUGCGUACAGCACAGUAGCAGAGAAACAUCAGCAAGGAAAUUACUGCAUUAGCAAAAAGCGAAAUGAUAAGGAUACUACACAAAGAAACACAGUUAAACAACAGCUUUCAAAGCCUUCCUGCCCAAAGCACAUAUACACACAAGCUUCAUUUUUCAUGCUACUGACUAUUGCUGUUGUAAAUAAUGCAUAGCUAAGGAAAUGGCACAAGAUCUACUGGCUGAUUUUGCACUUCCCUGGUUCUCUGAUCUCUAAGUAUGGCCCUCUGCCCAGCCUCACUCCAGCACUCAGCCCUAACAGCCUUCUCUCGCUCACAGUGACACAAAGUGUUUAAGUACUCACAAAUCUAGCCACCAACUUAAAUGAGACUAAAGUGCCAUUAUUAGUCAUCUAGCCUCAUAACCUGAAAUGGUUUUAUUUGCAAGGAGAAGAAACAAUGACAAAAACAGAGCUUUUUGUCAGCUGAACCCCAAGGAGCUAAAUUAUUUGCCUGAAGUUGACCAUGAGAUGUUAAAAGAAUUGAAAUCUUUCAAAAUAUAAUGAAUUGCACAACAUCUUUGCAUGUCCAUUUUUACAUUUAUUUUUAAGAUAUACAUAAUGUAAUUCUGCACUGGCUUUUCUAUCACAAUCUCACAAAUGCGACUAUCACUGACCGACCGAGAAACACUGACAUGAAUAUUUGUGAUGUAAAACAAUGGUUCUCAACCAGGGGCCAAGGCACAAUCAAGACGACUUAAAAUGACUUAGAGCAAGAUAAACCAAACAUUAAAAUGAAAUAAAAAACAGCUAAAAAUCAAGAUAUUUCAUUUUAAUUCACUUGCUCAACAACUUUUUUUCUUUCUUUAAACACAUGGUUUUGUAAAAUCAAAAAUAUAAAUUAAAUAUAAGCCUAAUUUCAAAAGCUGGAAAACGUCAAUUAAAAUCUCCAUGAGCAUUUUUAUGAAUAUGUAUGCCCCACAAAUAUUUUAUAGAAAUUAGUAAAUCAUAAUCAACUGGAAAAGUUGUUUAAGGGCCUUUGAAUAUCGUUGUUGACAAUGGCAGGCUUUGAAGUGAAAAAUGUUGAGAACCACUGAUCUAAAACAACCUUUAUUGCCAAUUCACCAGCCUAGGAAUUUCUCAGGCAGCUAGUUAGGUUUUGCAUGCACUGGGUGACAUUUCCAUAUUCCUCUCGUGUGGCUUAAAAUGUGGUUAAUAUGAUUUACACAAGUAGUAAGUGUUUUUGCAUCAACAUCAAUUUUUGGUGUAGUAAUACAUAUACCAAUAAAUCAAUGUACUCUUUAUAGUUUAGUUCAAGGGUAGGGAUGGUCCCAACAAAGACUGCAAAGUUAGAAACGUCCUGGCAAGUGUGUUGGGGCAAGUAGCUAAACUCUGCAGGACACUGGCCCUCCAGGAGCAGGACUGGACACUCCUGAUGCAGCCUGAUUGUCACUACAGUUGCCCAGGAAUAACUUCAGGUUAAGUGUCUCGCUCAAGGACACAACGGUGAUAGAGUAAGAUUGUGAUCUCUGUCUCCAGUUUCAGACUCACUGACUUCUCAGCAUCUGUAACUAACUUUUUGGAGAGCCGCCCAGGAAACCAAGAAUUAGAUGACCCCCUCACUCAUGCAUUACUCCAUAGCUGCAGCUAUUGACGAAAUUAAGCAGAAAGGGCUUCAUUUUGUAGUGCUACAUUCAGAAAACAAUUUUUCUUGCAGUCUACUUUAGCCUCAACAGAGCAAAGGAAUAAAACCCCUAAAAUAUUCCAGAGCCAGCAUA